AUGAGCGGAAUACGCCCGGCGCCUCCACCAGCAGUGGCGCGUCGGUUCCUGGGGGACGCCCGUGCCACGCAAGGCGAUCAACAUCCUCAGCGUCCGUCCUCAAAAGUGAUGGAGACAACCCCGGCGGCGGCGGCCACAGCAGCGACUGCCGCGGCAUCACCGUCGCCGUCAACAGGUGCGUCCUUUGCUGCGCUAUUUGCGAUUGUGGAGUACCUGCCGCCGGAGGCGCCGCUAGCACUUGUCGCCUGUAGUCCGUGCACCAGACUCGCCCUGGAGACGCGGGAGAAGGGCUGCGUUCUGCCGGGCAACCUCUGUUUUGAGCGGCGCCCGGGCCCGCCUGCCACGGAGGCUCCCAGGCGAUUAUUGGGCGGGGAAACCGGCACACCAAAGCACAGAAGUCGCAGUGGCAGCAGCUACAGCAGUGAGGGGAGUAGCGUUAGCGGCGAAAGUCUCAACUCCGAGGCCGGCGUCUACCUUUCACCGCCGCAGGAGCUUUGCCAGUUUUUGACGUCGCACAAAACCUCCACCUCUUGGGUGGCGGGGCAGGCGGCCGGGUUGCGGCCAACAACACCUGCCGCAGCCGCAGCCGCAGCCGCGGGGGGAGAGGAGGGAGGGGCGACGGCCGCAGUGGCCGCGGGAAAAAUGGCGACGCGAACUUCAGCGGCGCCAAAGGAGGCGCCCACCCCCGAGCUUCUGCCGCAGCGGGCGCUGCAGUACGCCCUCUGGUGGCUGCGGCGUUUGCCGCUCCCGGUAUCGCUGAGCCUGUACCGCUUCGACCCCAAUGAGGUGAAGGCGCUGACGGCGCAGCUGCAGAGCCUGCCGCGCACGAUUGUGCUGCGCGAGCUCGCCCUGCACGGGCGGCAAGUCUCCGACGUCACACCGUUUUUGCCGCACUGCGCCGAUGUGCGGGCACUGGCGCUGCGCAACACACACUUGACGAGCGAAAACCUCAGCGUGCUGCCCAAAAGCUGCCGCCACGUUGAAAGACUCUCGCUCUGCAUGAGCUCCUCGGUGUCCGGCACGCAGUUCCUGCGCCACCGCGCGCUGCGCACGCUUCGCGACUUGGAUCUCUCCUACACCCAAGUCACGGAAGAUGGCGUGAGCCGCGACGUCUCGACGCUGAAGAAGUUGUCCCGUCUCUCGCUUGAGGGGUGCCGAAAAAUUGAGGGCCUCCAGUGGGUUCAGACACUCACCCGUCUUCGGGAGCUGGACUUGGCGUACAGCGGCGUCACCGACAGCAGUCUGACGGCGCUGUGCUGCUGCGCCGAGCUCACCAAGCUCGACCUGCAGUGGUGCGGGCGUCUCACCAACCUGCACUGCGUCGUCGGGGCGCUCUGCGAGAGUCUGCGGGAGCUCAACCUCACGGAGACCUCCGUGACAAACGAGGGCCUCGCGCCGCUCAGGGACUUCGUGGCGCUGGAAUGGAUCUCUCUGGAGGGCUGCAGUGCGCUGUCUGACGUGAAUGUGCUCGGCAACCUCAAGGCGUUGCGCGAGGUCGACGUGGGACGCACGCGGGUCACGAACGAGGGCGUGGUGUCCCUCGCCCAGUGCCAGGCUUUGCGCGUGGUGCGCCUGCGGCAGUGCUAUCGCCUGACGGACGUCAACUUCCUUGGAGCCCUGCAGCUGCUGGAGGAGGUGGACGUCUCGGACUGCCCCGUCACAAAUGCGGGCAUUGCGGCACUGCACGGAGCACGCGCCAUGCGGAGGCUGCGGCUUCAAUCCUGCCGCGCCGUAAGCGACGUGAACUUCCUCGGUGGCCUCGAACACCUCACGCUACUGGACCUUUACCACACGAGCGUCGAUGAGGCGGGCUCCGCCGCUCUUGCACUCUGCCCGCAGCUCACGACACUCAUCAUGCACUCUGUCCUUGCAUACUCCCUGCAGCAGUGGAGCGCCGCGCUAUUUCUGCCACGGCUUAAGGAGCUUGAUCUCAGCAACACUAAUGUGACGCCCGCCGCCCUUUCCUUCUUGGCGUGGUGCCCGGGCCUCGUGAAGCUGUCUCUGCGCGGGUGCAGGAACGUCACACACGUGGGAUUCCUCCUGCUGCGGCGCUCCCCUGACGCGGAGCCGUGUGCGACAGUCGAUGACUUUGUCGCUGGGGCAGCGAAUACUUCUGGUGACAGUCCUCCUUCCAGCGCGGCCGCGAAUACACUUGACGGCGCCAGGCCACUGUUAAAAACAACAACAACAACAACAAAAGCGGCAUCGGCGGCGGAGGUGCGGCACCGGUUGAAGGAACUCACACUCAGCGACACGGGCGUUACAGACGACGGCCUGCGGGCGCUGCGGUACUGCCUGGGUCUAGAGCGUCUUCGGCUUGCGCACUGUGGGCAGCUCUCGGACGUUGCGGUCCUGCGUUGGCUGUCGCAGCUGAAGGAGUUGGACCUGAGUGCGACGGGCGUGACGAGCCGCGGGCUGGCGAGGCUGUCGCCGAGCGGCAACCUCCCCGUGCGGGAGCAGGAGGAGGAGGAGGAGGAGCGUGUGGGAGGCGCCGUGGCCCGCGGCACGCCGACGAUCGAUCCGCCGUGUUUGCCGACUGGGUGCAUUGCCCUGGAGAAGCUGUGGCUGCGGUCCUGCGUCCAGCUGGAGGACGUGCGGCUGCUCUGCGGCUUCCCGCAGCUGGAGGAGCUCUUCCUCACCGACACGCCGCUGCGGCGAGGAGGACUUGACUUGGCCGCGUUGUACCGUCGCAACCCGAGGCUGAAGCAAAUCCACCACAACAGCCCCAUUGCCUUUGCCUGA